GAUCUGUUAGUCCCAAUGAUGAUAAAUUUUAUAGUAUAUUUCCUGUUAAACCUUUCAAAGCACUUUUCCCCAACCUUGAAGUAAUGAAAAGUGUAAGCGAAGAAGGAAGUAUGGCUGAAAAGGAUUU